CACGCGCUUAUAUUUGAAUAGCCGUUAGGCGCUCGAUAGGAUGGCGUCCGUGGCGUUGCGGCAAUUUCGAAGGGACUAGCAAGUUUUGAAAAUUUUCGCAACGACCGAGAUAAUGGCAGAUAAUCAACAAAGCCGAUUCGAGAAGUCGCUAGGAUUGCUGACUACUCGUUUCGUGUCUUUACUCCAGAAAGCGAAGGACGGCGUGCUGGAUUUGAAAGUCGCCGCAGACCUUCUGGAGGUACGACAGAAACGGCGCAUCUAUGACAUUACCAAUGUGCUUGAAGGUAUUGGUCUUAUAGAGAAGAAGAGCAAGAACAGCAUUCAAUGGAAGGGUGCAGGACCUGGCUGCAAUACACAGGAAGUCGGCGAAAAACUGACAGAUCUAAAGGAAGAGAUCAGCAAAUUGGAGGAUCACGAACAGCUGUUGGAUACCCAUACCCGAUGGAUUCAGCAAAGCAUAAAAAAUAUAAAAGAUGAUAAUAUAAAUAAGAAAUAUGCAUAUAUCACAUACGAAGAUGUUAAAGAAAAUUUUGUGGAUCAAUUUGUACUAGGAAUACAGGGUCCUCCAGACAUGGAAAUAACAGUACCAAAUGUUUUGAAGACUGUCAUGCAAGAGGAUACAGUGAUAAAUUAUAACAUGACUCUGAAAAGUAACUUGGGAGAAAUUAAAGUGUAUAUGGUCCAACCUGAAUUAGCUAAAACUUAUGAUAAUAAAGUGUUAGAAAUGAGAUUACGAGAAGAGAUAAAGGGUACAAAGCGCGGAAAUGAAGAUGAGAAGAAAGAGGAAGUUACUGUUAAACCAAAGAGGAAAGUUGGAAGGCCACCAAAAAACAGUACUAAACCAGAUCCGAUAUUAACUGAUGAUGAAGAAGAAGAAGAUUCGGAAUUAAUAGAAGCUAAAAUAGUCUUACGUGAUGUAAGCACCGCAGAUAUUGUCCAAAGAGAUUUGGAGUUUCUUGAUCAAUUGUAUUCUGACUUUUGUGGACCAUUGAUGAGAUUAAGUCCACCCCCUGGGGAAAAAGAUUAUCAUUUCAAUCUUAGUGAGAACGAAGGUGUUUGUGAUUUAUUCGACAUUACGACAUAAUGAGUGUUGAGUUGACGUAGCUUCAAUAUCCGAAAUGGAGACUGUGCCAACAGCAUUCAAAGUUGAUCAGAAGAAUCUGAUAAAAUCAUUGAGAAUUUGUGCAUAUAAUUUUAGGGAAAUUAAUGGAUCACGAUCAUUGAGAAUAUACAGUAUUUUUUUAUUAUUAAAAGUACGAAAAACUAGUACGAGAUGUGAAGAUAUACAACCUGUUCUGACCGCUGUUUAUUUGAUACAUUACUAAGCUAAUUCAAAGUUUUAAAGACAUUUUUUAUAAAGAUUUAAAGAGAUUAUCCUUGUAGCUUUUUGGCUUCAUGUUUGCUUCAUAAACAUUAUUCAAUGACAAUAUAUAAUUGUUCUUUGUAAUAAUUGUCCAUUUAAGAAAAAACACUGAUGCGUACAAUCAAAAUGAAUAAAAUUUUCUAUAUAUUGCAAUGCACGAUGUUAUGAAGCAAGCCUUUAAAUAUUGGAUUUUUGUAAGAACUUACAUGCACAUAUCCCUGAUGUAUUCUAUAAAAGGCAAUGUGAUUAGAAUGAAUGUAUUUUAACGUAUUUGU